UCUCAAGCAACGCAAACCCCACCAACAACAACCUGUAAGCUACUAGAUACAAUAGGCUGCAGCCCAAGAGUCUCAUACCUCACUCUAGGUUAUCAUAAUGGAGAGUAUGAACAGCGUGAGCCAAGCUAUCCACCAGCUCUUGAAGGACAACAACCUGAUCCGCAGCCAAGACCAUUCCGAUCCCGUACUAGCUCAGUUUACCCUUCUGUGCCUCGUGAUGAGGAGCCACCAGUCUUCCAAGAUUUUCGGAAUGACCCUUGUACUGAUUUCCCCAGCAACAAGCCAAACGAGAAACUUGAACCAUCAGCAGCUAUCAAUAAGGCGAUAGAUAACCUAGAAGAACUAAUAGCAAGUCUACAAUUAUCAAUCAUAAUUCAGGUACUUGCAUCUCAGUUUGUUGUGGACAGAUCCCUAGCACCGUUUUCGAAGCAGUACUAUCUUGAGAGACAUAACAAGAACUCUUACUGUCGAGGAAAGGACCAGAGCAAUAAUGGCGAUAGAUCUGAACUACAGAAGAAACAUCAACUGUGGAAAAAGGAGUGCUAUAUCUGCAGAAAACAUGACUGUAGGUAA